CGGUUUCAUCAUCCUUAACACCCCGAGUUUCUCGAGAUAUAUAAAAGCUCUCCCCAGAAAUUUCUGUGGGCACUCCUCGAGGCAGUUAACGCAAUCUAGUCGGAGACCUCUUCGUUUUCUCUCACCGGCUGAUCUCGUAUUCGUACUUCUAGAUCUCUUCCGAAGCAUUAAGAAGUCCUGAGGAUGGCAGAUAAGGAGGGAGAGGAGAAUUCCCCACGUGGGAAUGAAUGGGAAGUUGUGUCCCUCACUGCAUCUGCAUAUGCUGCUGCUCCUGGUCCUAAAGAAGUUGAAACAAAGGACGAUAACAAAGGUGAUUCAUACAGAGAGGAGGAAGCAGAAACUUCUCGUGCUUUGUUCAUGUCUGGUCACUUUGUGUUUCCCCCCAGUGAGCAUGAGAAUUUGCCACUGGAAUCUUUGGAACCUGAUAAUGGUAGUGAAAAUGUAGGCAAGGAUGUGGUCCCUGAAUUGGGUGUAGAAGAAGGUGGUAGAUCUAGGACUAAGGAGGAGGAAGAUUGGACUUUGAAAGGGUUGAAUGUACAUGACGAGUUUCCAGGGAUGCAAUUUUUUGAUGAAAAGCAUGGAACAGAGUUUGAAGAAGGCACAACACUGCAAGGGCUGGAUUUGAUUGACAAGGACCAGAGUUUGUAUAGUGCUGCUACAUUUAGUUCUUUCCAUAGUGAUGAAGCACUUGGUGGAUCAACCACCUAUGGUGAGGAUACAACUGUUUCUGAACUAAUUGAAGCUUCUGAGCAAGGCUUAGGUUUUCCUGCAGACAUCUCUCAGUCCCCAAAGCCCUUCAAAGAUGAUAAAUAUGAUGGCUCUGACCUCCCAUGUGAAGCUUGGUGGAAGAGAAGAGCAGUUUCUUUGUAUGCUCAUGCAAAAGAGGCAAAUACAUUUUGGUCUAUUUUCAUUGCAGCAGCUGUGAUGGGCAUUGUGAUCCUUGGGCAGCGGUGGCAACAAGAGAGGUGGCAGGCAUUGCAACUCAAGUGGCAGCUCAGCCUCAACAAUGAGCUUUUGAAUUUUGACAGAAGACAGGUCGGGUGCUGGGUUCCAUAUCUCGCCUUAAAGACGUGAUUGUUGGUGGCCAUCGCCGAGGUUCUUUUGUCAGGGGCAGCUCCCCUAGUGACAAUUAAAAGUGAUGAUAUCAGGGGCAGCUCCCCAAGUGACAGUUAAAAAGAGAUGAUGAUGACAAAUGGUAGUGAGAGAGUGAAAUGGAGAUUGAUUUGGGUGUUAAUAUGUCAGUUUGCUGUUUAGUUAACUUAUUUGUCCUAUCUUUUAUGGAAAGCUACAUAGCUGCAUGUUAAAAUUUAAUGUGAUUUGUGUUUUAUAUUGUUGCC